AAUAGAACCUUAUACCUUCCGUUUUCCAAAGAAACGAUCUAUUGAUGAGACCCAUUUUGGAACAUGGCCAGUAAUUGGAGUCUGUGUGGUGUUUGUGAUAAUCGUCAGGUAAACGAAUCAUCAGUUGUCUGGUGUUCCGAAUGUGGCGAAGGACUAUGCGAAGAUUGCAAGGAACAUCACAGUAUUUCCGAAGGAACAACACACCAUGAAACCGUUUCAAUCGCCGAGUACAAGAGAUUACCGACCGAAUUUCUGCAAACCGCCGAAAUCUGCAAAUUACAUAAUGAAAAAUACGAGCUUUUCUGUAGAAAACACGACUGUACGUGCUGUAAGAAAUGUGUGAAAUCUCACAACGAUUGUAAGGAUUUGACUGAUAUUAAUGAAUUCAUAAAAAACGUGAAAACUUCAAACACUUUUUAUGAAAUUGAACAAACCGUGCUUGAAGUGGCCGAGAAUGUUAGACGACUCAGUGCUAAUCGGAAAGAAAAUUUAAAAUCACUAAAAGACAAGAAAAGAGAAAUUGAAGUAGAAAUAAAACAAACAAGGACCAAGAUAAAUCAUCACCUUGAUAAACUUCAGGAGGAUUUGAUUAAAGAACUAAUGGCAGCGGAACAAAAAGAAUGCAAGAAAAUAGAAAAAGUAUUGACUUCUCUACAAAAGAAGGGAAAAGAGAUCAGUGAAAUAAAACAAAACAUUGCUAGUACUAAACAGCAUGCGUCCCAACUUCAAACAUUUUUAACCAUGAAAAAUAUCGAAAAAGAUAUUGCGGUCGGAGAAAAUUUUAUUCAAUCGAACACCACAAGUGGAAAAACAAAUCAAGUCAAUAUUUCAUGUCAAAUUGACAAGCUGUUACGGCAAAUCACCGACAGCGUGCAGAAAUUUGGAGAAAUUAGUGUCAGCUCUAAUCUGUUUGAUUUGUCCAUUCAGAAACGGAAGGUCAGACAAGCACAGAUUAUGGUAGCUUUGCCGAUCAGAAAUAUUGACAACAUGGCUCUGACAUUAAAAAAACGUCUCAAUACAGAUUUGUCAGAUGUCCAAGGUUGUACCCUGCUUCCUGGUGGCAAGAUGGCGUUCUCUUGUUAUAGAAAAGAUAAAAUAAAAGUACUCAAAUCAGACGAAUCAAAAGAUUUCAAAAUCAGUGAGAUUGGUUAUACCUUUGAUGUGGUAUUCAUUGGUGAUGAUUCUAUUGCUGUAACAUCAGGCCAAUCACAUAAGAUUAACAUAAUUGACUUAAAGAAACACACACUGAAGAAGUCAAUAAAAGUUCAUUCAUAUAAUAGAGGAGCAGUAUACAGAGACGGGCAUUUGAUUUAUUGUGCUAGGGAGAAAGGACUACGAAUGAUAAGUCUAAGUGACGAAUCCAUUACAAAUGUUACCAAUAACAAACUUUCGUCCUUAGCGUACGUUACAACGUUCGGUGACAAACUGUUCUACACAAACAGUGAAGAUCACAAUGUUACCUGUUGUGAUAAACAUGGUUAUAUUCUUUGGAUGUUUAGUGAUACACGCGUUCUGAGGGGUCCGCUCGGUAUCUCUGUAGAUAAUAAUGGUAACGUGUUUGUUGUGGGACUUCAUACUAACAAUGUGGUCGUCAUCUCUCCUGAUGGACAACGAAGUAGACAACUUGUAUCCAGCAAAAAUGGACUGAAAAGUCCACAAGUUCUGCAUUAUGACACAUCUACAAAUAAGUUGUUAGUGGCGAAUGAAGCAAAUGACGCGUUCUUGUACGAAGUUACAUGAAAAGCGGGGAUGAAUCAUUUUUACAGUAUUCAUUACAGACUAACAAUGACUGAGAUAACUUAUUUACUUCAUAAAGGUCAAGUGGUUUGAUUUAAACUUGUUCAUAUUUUGAAUUUUGUUGAUUGAAACCAG